UCUUAAUCAUCACUGAACCAUCAAGGAUCAUAUCUUACCAUAAACAUUGGUUGGAGGCUACUCCUUCUACUCAUGACCGCCGGUAGCUACGGCCCUACUAAGGGUCGACUUAGGCCUCAAAUGGCCAUUGCAUUGGCCAUUGUCCUUGUUUCCUUCAAUGUAGCAUCCGUGGCUGCUGAUGCUUACACCUAUUCACCACCUCCACCACCACCGUAUGUUUACAGCUCUCCACCGCCUCCUUCCCCUUCACCUCCACCUCCUUAUGAGCACAAGGAUCCACAUUAUCAAUACAAGUCUCCUCCACCACCUUCUCCCUCACCUCCGCCACCAUAUUACUACAAAUCUCCUCCACCACCUUCUCCCUCACCUCCACCACCAUAUUACUACAAAUCUCCUCCACCACCUUCCCCAUCUCCUCCACCACCAUACUACUACAAGUCUCCUCCUCCACCUUCUCCUUCACCUCCACCUCCUUACUACUACAAAUCUCCCCCUCCCCCAGACCCAUCUCCUCCACCCCCAUACUACUACAAGUCUCCUCCUCCACCCUCUCCUUCUCCUCCACCUCCUUACUACUAUAAAUCUCCCCCACCACCCUCUCCCUCUCCUCCACCUCCUUACUACUAUAAAUCUCCUCCACCACCCUCUCCCUCACCUCCACCACCUUACUACUACAAGUCACCACCACCACCAUAUGAACACAAGGAUCCGCAUUACCAAUACAAGUCUCCCCCUCCACCUCCUUAUUACUACAAAUCUCCUCCUCCACCCUCUCCUUCACCUCCACCACCUUACUACUACAAAUCUCCACCACCACCUUCACCGUCGCCACCCCCACCGUACUACUACAAGUCCCCUCCCCCACCUAAAAAGUCUCCACCCUAUGAUCCUUACUACUACAAGUCCCCACCACCUCCUUCACCUUCACCACCCCCUCCAUACUACUACAAGUCUCCUCCCCCACCUGAAAAGUCACCACCCCAUGAUCCUUACUACUACAAGUCUCCUCCACCACCUUACUACUAUAAAUCUCCUCCUCCUCCAUCUCCCUCACCUCCUCCGCCAUACUACUACAAGUCUCCUCCACCUCCUUCACCAUACCCUCCACACGUGCCUUACUACUACAAAUCUCCUCCUCCACCGUCUCCUAAGCCUUACUACUACAAAUCUCCACCUCCACCAUCUCCUAAGCCUUACUACUACAGCUCUCCUCCUCCACCGGUUGCAUAUCCUCACCCUCACCCGUAUCACCACUCAUUGAUCGUUAAGGUUGUCGGUAAAGUCUACUCUUACAGAUGUUAUGACUGGAAAUACCCUCAGAAAUCGCACAACAAGAAACACCUCGAAGGUGCCACGGUCGAAGUGACCUGUGAAGUUGGUAGCAAGACCAUAACGGCUUACGGUAAAACUAAGAACAAUGGAAAAUACAGCAUCACUGUUGACGGAUUUGACUAUGUUAAAUAUGGAAGCACAGUCUGCAAGGCCAAACUUUAUGCUCCUCCUAAGGGCUCACGUUACAACAUACCCACCAAGCUUAACGAGGGAACCAAGUUGGAGUUGAAGUCAAAAGAUAAGUACGAAGUUGUUCUGAAGGCUAAGCCAUUUGCUUAUGCUCCAGAAAAACCAUAUGAUUGUGAGAAACACAAGCAUUCACACAAAAAACCAUACUACUACAACUCUCCCCCUCCACCUUCACCCUCACACUCAUACCCUCCUUAUUACUAUAAGUCACCACCUCCACCUCCACCAUCAUACUACUAUAAAUCACCACCUCCACCGUCAUAUUACUACAAGAGCCCACCUCCACCAUCACCAUCUCCACCUCCACCUUACUACUAUAAAUCUCCACCUCCUCCCACCAAGGAUCCAUAUCAUCCUCCUUACUACUACAAGAGCCCACCACCACCAUCACCAUCUCCACCUCCACCCUACUACUAUAAAUCUCCACCUCCUCCUCCCAAGGAUCCAUAUUAUCCUCCUUACUACUACAAGAGCCCCCCUCCACCCUCACCAUCUCCUCCUCCACCUUACUAUUACAAAUCACCUCCACCACCAUCUCCAUCACCACCACCUCCAUACUACUACAAGUCACCUCCUCCACCAUCUCCAUCACCACCACCUCCCUACUACUACAAAUCACCUCCUCCACCAGAUCCAUCACCACCUCCUCCCUACUACUACAAGUCUCCUCCUCCACCAUCCCCAUCACCACCACCUCCUUACUACUACAAGUCUCCUCCACCACCAUCUCCAUCCCCACCACCACCCUACUACUACAAGUCACCUCCACCACCAGAUCCAUCACCACCACCUCCCUACUAUUACAAGUCACCUCCUCCACCAUCCCCCUCACCACCACCUCCAUAUUACUACAAGUCACCUCCACCACCAUCCCCAUCGCCACCACCUCCCUACUAUUACAAAUCACCACCACCACCAGAUCCUUCACCGCCACCUCCUUACUAUUACAAGUCACCACCACCACCAUCUCCAUCACCACCACCACCCUACUACUACAAGUCACCUCCACCUCCAUCACCUUCUCCACCCCCUCCAUAUUACUACAAGAGUCCUCCUCCACCAUCUCCCGAUCCUCAUACUCCCUACUACUACAAAUCUCCUCCCCCACCAUCACCGUCUCCCCCACCUCCUUAUUACUACGUGAGUCCCCCACCACCAACCAAGUCUCCUCCACCACCGGCAUACAUCUAUGCUUCCCCUCCACCACCCAUCUACCAUUAAGCUUCGAAUUAAGCAAAAAUGACUACAAGUCAUGUUCUAGUAUUCAUUGUGGAAUAAAGUCAAGUUCCAUUUGGAGCAGAGUUAAGCAUCUAAUUUGUUGUACAAGUUCUUCGAAUAAGGAUCUGAAUGUAUCAUCUCUAAGUUACAAUCUUCACGAUUCGGACGAGGCUGCUUCCGUCUAUUUGGUCGUCAUCUUGCACGUCUUGUUCUUACUAAGUUCAAGAGAGCGACAAAUGAAAAUGAGCCAAGAUUUGAAAUCUUGAUGCUAACGGAGGCUACUCUUAGAGAUCUCUUUCAUUUGUUUCUUUGUAGAUUAUCUAUAUAUAAUGAUUGCAUUCAAAUUAAUAAAUUCUUUUGAUUAUAUAUCA